AGAAGAGCAGCUGGUCUGGCAGUGGAGAGAGAGAGACAGACGAAAGGUCCAGCGUCCGAGCCCACAGUCAUGGCUGAAGGGGGUGAAGGGGAAGAUGAAAUCCAGUUCCUCAGGACUGAUGAUGAAGUUGUGCUCCAAUCCAUUGCCAACAUCCAAAAAGAACAAAGGAAGUUUUGCCUGUCAGCUGAGGGAUUUGGUACUCGAUUGUGCUUCCUGGAGUCUACCUCAGAAGCUAAGUAUGUUCCACCUGACCUUUGCAUCUGUAAUUUUGUGCUGGAGCAAUCACUCUCUGUUCGAGCCUUGCAGGAGAUGCUGACUAGUACCAGUGAAAAGAACAAUGAAGGGCCAAUUGACUUCACCAAAUGGAAGUUUAUGAUAAAGGCGGCUCAGGGAGGCGGCCACAGAACACUUCUUUACGGCCACGCUAUUCUGCUGCGACACUCGUUCAGUGGAAUGUAUCUGAGUUGUUUGACAACAUCAAGGUCUUUAACGGACAAGCUAGCUUUUGAUGUUGGGCUGCAAGAAGAUUCAACAGGGGAAGCAUGCUGGUGGACCAUUCACCCCACUUCGAAACAGAGGUCUGAAGGGGAGAAAGUACGGAUUGGUGACGACCUCAUUCUAGUUAGUGUUUCAUCAGAACGGUAUCUGCAUCUAUCCAUCUCCAAUGGCAAUAUACAAGUGGAUGCGUCCUUCAUGCAGACAUUAUGGAACCUACACCCCAUAUGUUCAGGCAGCAAUAGAGCAGAAGGGUUUCUGACUGGUGGACAUGUCUUGCGGCUUUUUCAUGGCCAUGAUGAGUGCUUGACAUUCCCUCUUCCAGCCCAGAGGAAGGAUGGGCAGAGAACGGUUAACUAUGAAAGUGGGGAAGCAGGUGCCUGUGCCAGAUCACUUUGGCGUCUGGAACUCUUACGGAUAAGCUGGAGUGGAAGUCAUAUAAGAUGGGGUCGGGCUUUCCGUUUGCGGCACAUCACAACAGGUCUAUAUCUGGGCUUGGAUGAAGAGCAAGGUCUUGUGCUGCUAGAUCGAGAAAAGGCAGACACCAAAGUAUCAUCAUUCUGCUUCCGAACAUCAAAGGAAAAACUGGACUUGGGUGCACAGAAAGAGACAGAUGGCAUGGGAAACCCUGAGAUAAAGUAUGGCGAUUCACUUUGCAUAAUCCAGCACCUAGCUAGUGGCCUAUGGUUGACAUACUGCGCUCCAGAUGCCAAAUCAUCACGUCUAGGAACUCUGAAACGGAAAGUCAUAUUGCAUCAAGAAGGUCACAUGGAUGAUGGUGUAAUCCUGCAACGAUGUCAGAAUGAAGAAUCUCGGGCAGCUCGUAUUAUACGGAACACAACAAGCCUCUUCAAUCAGUUUAUCAGGGGCCUCGAUUAUAUCAGUGCAAAUGGUAAAACUGCACCAGUCACAUUGCCCAUGAAAGAAAUUGGGGAAGUUUUGAAUGACCUGAUCACUUAUUUCCAUCCACCGGAGGAAGAAUUGGAACAUGAAGAUAAACAGAUCAAACUGCGCUCCCUCAGAAACAGACAGAAUCUAUUUAAAGAGGAGGCAAUGCUGAGAUUGGUGCUGAAUUGCAUUGACCGGUUGAAUAUCUACCACAGUGCUGCACAUUUUGGAGAAUUUGCUGGUGAAGAAUCUGGGGCAGCAUGGAAAGACAUCUUGAAUUUGCUUUAUGUAUUGCUAGCUGCCCUCAUACGUGGUAAUCGGAGCAACUGUGCUCAGUUUUCCAAAAACUUAGACUGGCUGGUCAGCAAGUUAGACCGACUGGAAUCAUCUUCAGGUAUUCUAGAAGUGCUGCACUGCAUCUUGAUUGAAAGUCCAGAGGCUCUCAAUAUAAUUAAAGAGGGACAUAUCAGAUCUAUCAUCUCAUUACUGGAGAAACAUGGACGGAAUCACAAGAUCCUGGAUGUGUUGUGUUCACUUUGUGUAUGCAAUGGUGUUGCAGUUCGAACCAAUCAAAAUCUUAUUUGUGACAAUUUGCUGCCUCGUCAUGAUUUACUCCUGCAAACUCGCUUAGUCAAUGAUGUGACCAGUUUAAGACCGAACAUCUUUUUGGGAAUCAGUGAAGGAUCAGCCCAGUACCAGAAGUGGUAUUAUGAACUGGCCAUUGACCAAGUGAAUCACUUUUUGACUGCAGACCCUAUUCACUUGCGUGUUGGUUGGGCUUCCACAAAAGGCUAUGCUCCCUAUCCAGGAGGUGGGGAAGGGUGGGGUGGCAACGGAGUGGGUGACGAUCUGUAUUCCUAUGGAUUUGAUGGACUUCACUUGUGGUCAGGUCGAGUGGCUCGAGCAGUGGCUUCAGUUAAUCAACAUAUACUGAAUUCUGAUGAUGUAGUUAGCUGUUGCCUGGAUUUGGGCAUCCCUAGUAUGUCUUUCCGCAUUAAUGGUCAACCAGUUCAAGGCAUGUUUGAGAAGUUCAACACUGAUGGCCUCUUCUUCCCUGUGGUUAGCUUCUCUGCGGGUGUCAAAAUGCGCUUUUUGAUGGGUGGUCACCAUGGAGAUUUUAAGUUUUUACCUCCGCCUGGUUAUGCGCCCUGCUAUGAAGCACUUCUACCAAAGGAGAAACUGAGAUUGGAGCCAAUUAAAGAGUACAAGCGAGAUAACAACGGCGUUCGAGAUCUACUAGGCACAACUUCCUUUUUAUCUCAAGCCUCCUUCAUCCCCAAACCUGUAGAUACCAGCCAGAUUGUUUUACCUCCACACCUGGAAAAAGUCCGGGAUAAACUUGCAGAAAACAUCCAUGAGCUUUGGGCAAUGAAUAAGAUUGAACUUGGCUGGGUACAUGGGAAGUUGCGAGAUGACAACAAGAGGCAGCAUCCUUGUCUGGUGAGUUUUCAAAAACUACCAGAACAAGAGAGGAACUACAAUUUGCAAAUGUCUUUUGAAACUUUGAAGACAUUGUUGGCUCUUGGAUGUCACGUUGUUGUUGCUAAACCAAAAGCUGAAGAAAAUCUACAAAGAAUGAAACUUCCCAAAAAUUAUAUGAUGCAAAAUGGUUAUAAGCCUGCUCCGCUGGACCUUUCGGACGUCAAGCUUCUCUCUACCCAAGACGUUCUGGUUGAUAAACUGGCUGAAAAUGCACAUAAUGUAUGGGCUAAAGAUAGGAUCAGACAAGGUUGGACUUAUGGCAUCCAGCAGGAUAUUAAAAACAGAAGGAAUCCACGACUGGUGCCAUACAGCCUUCUCGAUGAACGAACUAAAAAGUCAAACAGAGACAGUUUGCGUGAAGCGAUUCGCACUUUAAUUGGCUACGGUUACAACAUUGAACCAUCAGACCAGGAGACAGCUGCUGAUAAGGUGGAAAAACUCAGCCUCGAUAAGAUCCGCUUCUUCCGAGUGGAAACAUUCUACGCGGUCAAGACAGGGAAGUGGUACUUUGAGUUUGAGGCAGUGACGGCAGGAGAAAUGCGUGUCGGCUGGGCAAGACCAGAGUGCAGUCCUAAUGUAGAAUUAGGUGCUGACAGGCACGCCUUUGUCUUUGAUGGCCACAAGGCUCAAUGCUGGCAUCAGGGUAGCGUUUACUUUGGUCGUACCUGGCAACCUGGUGAUGUGGUUGGCUGCAUGAUUGAUAUGGAUGAUAAAUCAAUGGUUUUUACUCUGAAUGGAGAACUACUCAUCACUAACAGUGGCUCAGAACUCGCUUUUACAGAUUUUGAGACAGAAGACGGUUUUACCCCAAUUUGCUGUCUGGGCCUAUCUCAGAUAGGUCGAAUGAAUUUUGGAAAGGAUGCGAAUACUUUCAAAUACUACACAAUGUGUGGUUUACAAGAGGGUUUCGAGCCUUAUGCAGUAAAUAUGAACCGUGAUGUAGCUAUGUGGUUCAGCAAGCGUCUGCCUCAAUUUCAUUCUCUGGAAAAAUACCAUAAACACAUUGAGAUAACCAGGAUUGAUGGUACCAUCGAUAGUCCACCCUGUGUAAAGAUCACCCACAAAACCAUCGGCACCCAGAACUGCAUUAUUGAAUUGGCAUACUUCCGCUUGAGUAUGCCUAUUGAGUUUCAGUCAGUGUUUAAGCGUAAUGCCAUUCCACAUGUGGCUCAUGAGGAGGAAAUUCUCGAUAAGGAUUCAAUAUCAGGAAAAACGAAACUAAGGGGUGCCCGGCUGGAUGGUGGCCUGCCUGGAGGCAGAGAUGACCCCAAAAUAACAACGUAUUAUUACUCAGUGAAGAUAUUUGCUGGUCAAGAUCCAUCUUAUGCAUGGGUUGGUUGGGUAACGCCAGACUACCAUUACUACAGUAAAACGUUUGACUUAACUAAACAUCGGACAGUCACCAUUACACUGGGUGAUGAGAAAGGACGAGUCCAUGAAAGCAUCAAGCGCAGUAAUUGUUACAUGAUUUGGGCAGGAGAUUUGGUCAGCGGCUCACAACGAUCAGGCCGCAGUAGUGUUGACCUUGAAGUUGGUUGUCUCAUUGAUGUCUCGACCGGCUUGUUAACAUUCACAGCAAAUGGACGCAAUGUUAAUACUUCCUAUCAGGUUGAGCCAAGCACAAAGUUAUUUCCAGCAGUCUUUAUGCAAGCUACGAGUUCAAAUAUGUUCCAGUUUGAACUUGGAAAAUUGAAGAAUACUAUGCCUCUGUCUGCAGCGAUGUUUAAAAGUGAAGAAAGGAAUCCUAUCCCACAGUGCCCUCCUCGGCUUGUUGUGCAAAUGAUCACACCGGUUCUCUGGAGUAGAAUGCCCAAUGAAUUUCUCAAUGUGGAGACAGCACGGAUUAGUGAUCGACACGGCUGGGUAGUGCAAAGUCUAGACCCAUUGCAAAUGAUGGCAGUACAUAUCCCUGAAGAGAAUAGGUGCUUGGAUAUCUUGGAGCUAUCUGAACAUAAAGAACUCAUCAAGUUCCACUACCAUACAUUGAAGCUCUACUGUGCUCUCUGUGCUUUGGGAAAUAAUCGUGUAGCCCAUGCACUGUGCAGCCACGUUAACCAAGCUCAACUGCUUUACACAAUUGAAAAUAAAUAUCUACCAGGGCUUUUACGCAGUGGAUUCUAUGACCUACUUAUCAGUAUUCACUUACAAUCAGCAAAACAAGCCAGAUUGAUUAUGAACAAUGAGUUCAUCAUUCCAGUAACCGCCGAAACCAGGAGCAUAAAGUUAUAUCCAGAAAAGAACCGGGCCUAUGGACUUCCUGGGGUUGGCACCAGCACUUGUUUAAGACCUCGAAUGAACUUCUCAACACCUUAUUUCGUAAGCAACAGUGAAGACACCCAUUUGUACAGCCCAGAGAUCCCACUCAAUGUUCUUAAGUUCAAAGCCAUUGAGAUGCUGACAGAAGCAGUGACUGGCGGUGGGCAUUACAUCCGAGACCCUGUUGGUGGAAGCGUAGAAUUUCAUUUUGUUCCUAUUCUCAAGCUGGUUAAGACUCUGCUCAUCAUUGGUGCACUUGACAACAAUGAUGUCCAACGGAUCUUGCUUUUGAUUGAUUCCGAUGUGUUUGGUGAGCCCAAAGAGGAGGUGAUAGAGGAGGAGAAAACGGCAAAGGAGCUGGUCACCAAGAACGAAGAAAAGGCUGUGGAGGCUGGUGAGGAAGCAACGCAAGCAGCUCAGACGCCCUUAAAAGGAUUAUUGGAAAAGACGUUACCAGAGUCAGUCAAGUAUCAGAUGUGUGAACUCCUGCACUACUUCUGUGACUGUGAACUACGACAUCGGGUUGAAGCCAUUGUUUCUUUCGCAGACACGUUUGUUGCAAAGUUGCAGAAAAACCAGAAAUUCCGUUACGAUGAACUUAUGCUGGCGUUCGACAUGUCAGCAGCCCUCACUGCCAAGAAGACUAGAGAGUUUCGCUCACCUCCUCAAGAACAGAUUAAUAUGCUGCUGAACUUUAGGAACGAUGAUGAUUCCACCUGCCCCGAUGAGAUGCGUGAAGAGUUGUACGACCUCCAUGAUGACCUUCUAACGCACUGUGGGAUUCCAAGUGAAGAAGAGGAGGAAGAAGAAAAAGAUGAAUCAGUGAUGGGGAAACUCCUUUAUCUAGUGCAUAAAAUCAAAGGGAAGCCAAAGAAAAUGGACGAGCAACCAACUGAAGAGGAAGAAAAAGCCCCCACCAACCUGAUGGAACUCAUCUCACAGACAAUGGUGCACUGGGCACAGGAAUCAGUACUACACGAUCCAGAAUUAAUUAAGUCAAUGUUCAGCCUAUUGCGACGACAGUAUGAUGCAAUGGGUGAGCUGCUGAGUGCUAUGCGAAAAGCAUAUACCAUUAGUGCUGCCUCCGUGAAGGAUACCAUCAACCUGCUAGUUUCCCUUGGACAGAUUCGAUCUCUUCUCAGUGUGCGGAUGGGGAAGGAAGAAGAAAUGCUAAUGAUUCGUGGAUUAGGGGAUAUUAUGAACAACAAAGUAUUCUAUCAACAUCCAAAUUUGAUGAGAGUGCUGGGCAUGCAUGAGACCGUCAUGGAUGUCAUGGUGAAUGUACUUGGAGGAAAUAAAUCACAGGAGAUUGCUUUCCCUGAAAUGGUGGCAAGCUGUUGUCGAUUCCUUUGCUACUUCUGCCGCAUCAGUCGACAAAACCAGAAGGCCAUGUUUGAUCAUCUCAGUUACUUGCUGGAAAAUAGCAGUGUUGGACUGGCAUCACCCAGCAUGCGAGGUUCUACCCCUCUCGAUGUGGCAGCCGCUUCUGUAAUGGACAACAAUGAGCUUGCUCUAGAUUUGCGGGAACCUGAUUUGGAAAAGGUGGUAACCUAUUUGGCUGGCUGCGGACUGCAGAACUGCCCCAUUCUGGUGGCGAAGGGUUAUCCUGAUAUUGGUUGGAAUCCAAUUGAAGGAGAACGUUAUCUACUUUUCCUGCGAUUUGCAGUCUUUGUUAAUGGUGAAAGUGUAGAAGAAAAUGCAAAUGUUGUUGUGAAGUUGUUAAUUCGGCAUCCAGAGUGCUUCGGCCCUGCUUUGAGGGGUGAGGGGGGAAACGGUUUGCUGGCAGUGAUGGAGGAAGCUAUUCAAAUCUCAGAAGAUCCCUGCCGUGACCUUCCUCCUGAGGAAGCUCAGAAAGAUAGUGAUGAAGAAGACAUUAUACACAUGGGUAAUGCUAUUAUGUCCUUCUACUCUGCUCUGAUAGACCUUCUGGGUCGCUGUGCUCCAGAGAUGCACCUAAUUCAAACUGGAAAAGGCGAGGCUAUUCGAGUUCGAGCAAUACUUCGUUCACUGGUGCCAACUCAGGAUCUGGUGGGCAUUAUCAGCAUACCACUAAAAUUGCCCACUAUUAAUAAAGAUGGAUCCAUCAAUCAACCUGAUAUGUCUGCAAGUUUCUGUCCUGAACACAAGGCACCCAUGGUACUAUUUCUGGACCGUGUGUAUGGUAUCGAGGACCAAACUUUCCUGCUUCAUUUACUGGAAGUUGGAUUUUUACCUGAUUUAAAAGCAUCUGCCUCUCUAGAUACAGUUCCUUUGAGUACUACAGAGACAGCUCUUGCCCUUAACAGAUACAUCUGUUCUGCGGUACUGCCCCUUCUCACAAGAUGUGCACCCCUUUUCGCUGGGACUGAACACUAUGCUGCUCGGAUAGAUGCCGUACUCCACACAAUCUAUCGAAUGUCCAAGGGUCCUAGUCUUACCAAAGCUCAGCGAGAAUCGAUUGAAGAAUGUUUGCUGUGCAUAUGCCGUUACCUCCGACCAGCUAUGUUGCAACCCCUUCUGCGACGUUUUGUUUUUGAUGUCCCCAUCCUCAAUGAGUACUGUAAAAUGCCACUAAAGCUUUUAACCAAUCACUAUGAGCGGACCUGGAGAUACUAUUGCUUAGCAUCAGGAUGGGGAAGUUAUGGAAGUGCCUCUGAUGAAGAAUUACAUCUGACCAAAAAGUUGUUCUGGGGAAUUUUUGAUUCACUCACUCAAAAGAAAUACAGCUCCGAACUCUUUAAAAUGGCUUUACCAUGCCUGAGUGCUAUAGCAGGGGCUCUGUCACCUGACUAUGUGGAUUCCAGCUUUUCAGAUGUUUUGGAGAAAAUGACUUCAGUGGAUGAAGAGGGCAAUUUUGACCCAAAACCCAUCAUCACGUCUAAUACUUCAAUUCCAGAAAAUUUGGAGUAUAUUAUCAACAAAUAUGCUGAAUAUUUACAUGACAAAUGGGCUCUUGACAAGCUUCAAAAUGGGUGGACAUAUAGUGAUGUUGUAAAUGAAAACACAAAGACUCAUCCAUUAUUGAGACCGUACAAAACAUUAUCAGAAAGGGAAAAAGAGUUGUACCGCUGGCCUGCCAAAGAGUCUAUUCGAAGCAUGCUGGCUCUUUCUUGGAUCAUUGAAAGGACAAAGGAAAGUGAAGCUAUGAUUCAGCAACGGGAAAGUGAAAAACAGCGCAAGGCUUCCCAGAGUUCAGGAGGAUAUACCCCUAUUCUUGAUGACUUGUCCAAUGUUUUGCUCUCCAAAGACGUGCAGGCCAUGGCAGAAGUCAUUGCAGAGAAUUAUCACAACAUUUGGGCUAAAAAACGAAAAGCUGAAUUAGAAAGCAGAGGUGGUGGCAGUCAAACAAUGCUUAUUCCAUAUGAUACACUGACUGCCAAAGAGAAGGCCCGAGAUCGUGAGAAGGCUCAUGAUCUCUUCAAGUUUCUCCAAGUGAAUGGCUAUGCGAUAUCCAGAGGCCUUAAGGACAUGGAGUUGGAUGCUUCGUCUUUUGAAAAGCGAUUUGCUUAUAAAUUCCUACAAAAGGUGGUAAAUUGCAUUGACUCAGGCCAGGAAUUCAUCGUACAUUUAGAGGCCAUUGUCAGCAGUGGCAAAGCAGAGAAAUCUCCUCAUGAGCAGGAGAUAAAAUUUUUUGCAAAGGUUCUGCUUCCUCUGAUUGAUGACUACUUUAAGAACCACUGCCUAUACUUCUUAUCCUCUCCAACCAAGACUCUCACCAGCAGUGGAUACGCAUCCAACAAGGAAAAGGAAAUAAUAGCAAGUAUUUUCUACAAACUUGCAGCCCUUGUCAGACAUAGGAUCUCACUCUUUGGGACUGAUUCUGGUACAAUAGUGAACUGUUUGCACAUCUUGGCACGGACGCUGGACACCAGAAAUGUCAUGAAGUUUGGUUCGGAGCUGGUGAAGGCUGGAUUGCGUUUGUUCUUUGAAAAUGCAGCCGAAGACCUUGAAAAGACAUUAGAAAGUUUGAAGCUUGGAAAAGUCUCACAGUCACGAACUCAGUUAAAGGGAGUUACUCAGAAUAUCAAUUAUACAACUGUGGCUUUGCUGCCUGUACUGACUUCACUAUUUGAACACAUUGGUCAACUUCAGCAUGGGGUUCACGUUCUCUUGGAUGAUGUACAAGCUUCAUGCUAUAGGAUCGUGUGUUGUCUCUACACUUUAGGAACUGGAAAGAAUGUCUAUGUUGAAAGGCAGCGGCCAGUGCUGGGGGAGUGUUUGGCAACGCUGGCAGCAGCCAUGCCGGUAGCUUUCCUUGAACCGUCUCUCAACCAGCACAACCCAAAGUCAGUUUUCAACACAAAAACUCCUCGGGAACAAGCCAUUCUAGGUUUGCCAGACACUGUUGAGGAGGUGUGCCCAGAGAUUCCUCACCUGGAACGGUUGAUGAAGGAUAUCAAAGAGCUGGCCGAGUCUGGAGCUCGAUACACUGAGAUGCCCCACGUCAUUGAAGUGAUUUUACCCAUGCUGUGUAAUUACCUCUCCUAUUGGUGGGAGCGAGGCCCUGAGAGCACGUGUGAAGAACCUCACUGUACCACAGUCACUUCUGAGCACCUUAGUUUACUGCUGGGCAACAUCCUGAAAAUCCUCAACAAUAAUCUGGGCAUUGAUGAAGCAUCCUGGAUGAAGAGACUUGCUGUGUUUGCUCAGCCAAUCAUCAGCAAAGCGAGGCCUGAACUGCUCAAGCCACAGUUUCUGCCAACCCUGGAGAAACUCAAGAAGAAAGUGGUAAAGGUUGUUCUGGAGGAGGAGCAGCUGAGGGCAGAUAGCAAAGGUGAUACCCAGGAAGCUGAGUUGCUUAUUCUGGAUGAGUUUGCUCUCCUUUGCCGAGACCUCUAUGCUUUCUAUCCAAUUCUGAUCCGCUACGUGGAUUACAACAGGGCAAGGUGGUUGAAGCUGCCAGAUGCAGAUUCAGAUGAAUUGUUCCGUAUGGUGGCUGAGGUUUUCAUUAUGUGGUGCAAAUCACAUAAUUUCAGACGAGAGGAACAGAAUUUUGUGGUCCAGAAUGAAAUCAACAACAUGGCUUUUCUGACUGCAGAUAAUAAGAGCAAGAUGUCUAAACAGUUUAAACAAGUUGGCCAAAAGGCUGGAGGACAAAGCCAAGAAAGGAAGAAAAUAAUACGCAGAGGUGAUUAUUACUCCAUACAGACCUCAUUGAUCGUAUCUGCCCUUAAAAAGAUGCUUCCUAUCGGUUUAAAUAUGUGCACGGCUGGAGACCAAGAACUCAUCUCAUUGGGAAAACUGAGAUACAGCAUGAAAGAUACAGAUGAGGAGGUUAAAGAGUUCCUUGCAAAUAAUCUGCACCUACAGGAAAAGUCUGAAGACCCAGCUGUUAGAUGGCAGCUAAAUCUGUACAAGAAUAUUACCAAGCCUGAAGAGUUUAUUAGUCCUGAAAAGAUUGUAGACCGAGUGCAAAAGAUUUCAGCCGCCGUCUUCCACUUGGAACAGGUCGAGCAACCUUUGAGAUCAAAGAAGAUUGGGUGGCAGAAACUCCUGUCCAAGCAACGCAAAAGAGCUGUGGUUGCCUGCUUCCGGAUGGCACCAUUAUAUAACUUACCAAGGCAUCGGGGUGUUAACCUCUUCCUUCAGAGUUAUCAGAAAUCAUGGAUAGAGACAGAGGAGUACACAUUUGAGGAGAAACUAAUUGAGGAUUUAGCUAAAUCUGUUACAAAGUCAGAAGAAGAAGAAGAGAAUGAAAAGAAACCUGACCCGCUUCAUCAGCUCAUUCUACACUUCAGUUGUAGUGCCCUCACUGAAAGGAGUGCAAUUGAAGAAGAUGACUUAUACAUGGCGUAUGUUGAGAUGAUGUCGAAGAGCUGCCAAGCUGCAGAGGAGGAAGAUGAAGAAAAAGAGAAGACAUUUGAAGAAAAAGAAAUGGAGAAACAGAUGACACUGUACCAGCAAGCAAGGCUUCAUCAGCGUGGAGCAGCCGAGAUGGUUUUACAAAUGAUCAGUGCGAGCAAAGGUGUGCUGGGCCCCAUGGUGACUACAACCUUAAAGCUUGGUAUUGCUAUUCUGAAUGGUGGUAACACUGAUGUCCAGCAGAUAAUGUUGGACUAUCUGAAGGAGAAGAAAGACAGUGGUUUCUUCCGGAGUCUGUCUAGUUUAAUGCAGUUCUGCAGUGUCCUUGACUUGAAUGCAUUUGAAAGACAGAACAAAGCAGAAGGUCUGGGAAUGGUCACUGAGGAUGGGACACUCAUUGUUCGUGAACAUGGUGAAAAGGUAUUGCCGAAUGACGAAUUCACUCGAGAUUUGUUCAGGUUUUUGCAACUGCUCUGUGAAGGGCACAAUAAUGAUUUCCAGAAUUAUCUAAGAACUCAAAUAGGUAACACAACUACAGUGAAUAUCAUUAUCAGCACUGUUGACUACCUGCUACGCCUUCAGGAAUCAAUCAGCGAUUUCUAUUGGUAUUACUCAGGAAAAGAUAUCAUGGAUGAACAAGGACAACGUAACUUCUCCAAAGCUUUGGCUGUAGCCAAACAAAUCUUUAACUCGCUUACAGAGUACAUCCAGGGCCCUUGCAUUGGUAACCAGCAGAGCCUUGCGCACAGUAGAUUGUGGGAUGCUGUGGUUGGUUUCCUUCAUGUCUUUGCUAAUAUGCAAAUGAAGCUUUCUCAGGAUUCCAGCCAGAUUGAGUUGUUGAAGGAAUUGCUGGAUCUUCAGAAAGAUAUGGUGGUGAUGAUGUUGUCAUUGCUGGAAGGUAAUGUUGUCAAUGGAACUAUAGGCAAACAGAUGGUAGAUACAUUGAUUGAAUCUUCUAGCAACGUGGAAAUGAUAUUGAAGUUCUUUGAUAUGUUUCUAAAAUUAAAGGAUCUAACCACUUCUGAUACCUUCAAAGAGUAUGACCCAGAUGGCAAAGGAGUGAUGUCAAAAAGAGAAUUCCAAAAAGCUCUGGAGACUCAAAAGAAAUACACACAAUCAGAAAUCGAGUUCCUGUUAAGCUGUGUUGAAGCAGAUGAAAAUGAUACGUUUAACUAUACAGAGUUUAUUGACCGAUUCCAUGAGCCAGCCAAGGAUAUUGGCUUUAAUGUAGCUGUUUUGCUAACUAACUUGUCUGAACACAUGCCCAAUGAUCUCCGCCUGCAGACCUUUUUGGAGCCAGCAGAAAGUGUUUUGACAUACUUUCAACCUUAUUUAGGUCGCAUUGAGAUUAUGGGACAAGCAAAGCGCAUAGAACGGGUUUAUUUUGAAAUCAGUGAAUCAAGUAGGACACAGUGGGAGAAGCCUCAAGUUAAGGAGUCCAAGAGGCAAUUUAUCUUUGACGUAGUGAAUGAAGGAGGAGAAUCAGAAAAAAUGGAAAUGUUUGUGAACUUUUGUGAGGACACUAUAUUUGAAAUGCAACUAGCAUCUCAAAUCUCUGAAUCUGACAUGGUCGAGGUACCAGAAGAGGAGGAUGAAGAACUUAUGCAUGUUGAGGAAGAGGAAGAGGAGACAGUCCAGUCCUCGAAUGUCUUUGUGUCAGCUUGUCAUGCUUUCAAAACUAGUUUUUUUAAAGCUUUUAGUCUGGUGACAGUUAAAAACAUCAGAAGGCAUUAUAAGAAGAUUAAGAGGAUGACAAACAUGGAGAUGGUAAAAGCAUUUUUCUCCUUCUUCUGGAUUAUCUUCAUAGGCCUUGCCUCUUACUUUUUCAGUAUAGCUCAAGGGUUCAUCCAUAUUCUAUGGAAUGCCUUGUUUGGAGGCGGCUUAGUUGAAGGCGCCAAAAACAUUACUGUCACAGACAUUUUAGCUAGCAUGCCUGAUCCAACGCAACUUGGAAUCCAUGGAGAUGCGACUGAACCAGAAAGUGCAGAAAGUUCUGCAACAAGUAUAACAGCUGAGCUUGACAAUGUCGUAAAGGGUGAAAAAGUUGAAUCAGACAUUAUGCCUGAUGUCUUUGGUGCAAGUAUAAAAAAAGGUGGGGGUAAAGCAUCUGAAGAGCAUGGUGGCCUUGGUGAUGUCUCAGAAAUCUUGGGUGUAGACAAUACUUUGACUCUUGAAAAAGCAAUACAACAGAAAAGAUUUGCAGAGGUUGCACUAAAGAACAAAUCUGAGACCAAAACUGAGUUUGAGAAAGCUGACACAGAGGAUGGUGAGAAAAAGGAUAUAGCUAAGGAGGAACAGCAAGUUGAAACUGAGGUCGAAGAGAAAAAGAAAAAGAAGAGACGGGGGCAGAAAAAAGAAGAGCCUGAGGCAUUUUUGGAAAACUUUUGGAAAGGUGUGGACGUCUAUCAAACUAAAUUGCUGAAUUACCUGGCAAGGAAUUUCUACAACCUGAGAUUUCUAGCUCUGUUUGUGGCAUUUGCUAUCAAUUUUAUUCUCCUCUUUUACAAGGUGACUGAAUCCCCUUCUGACGAUAACAAUGAUGAGGAGGAAUCCAAUAUAUGGAGCAAUAUCGAUGAUGAGGGUGAUGAAGAAGAUGAAGAGUAUUUUGUGUUACAGGAGAGCACUGGCUACAUGGCUCCAACACUGUGCUUUCUUGCUAUUAUUCACACUAUCAUUUCAUUUGUUUGUAUCAUUGGGUACUAUAUUUUGAAGGUCCCCCUUGUGGUCUUUAAGCGUGAAAAGGAGAUUGCCAGAAAGCUGGAGUUUGAUGGUCUGUACAUUACAGAGCAACCGUCUGAUGAUGACAUUAAAGGACAAUGGGAUCGUCUUGUGAUCAACACACAAUCUUUCCCCAACAACUAUUGGGAUAAAUUUGUCAAAAGAAAGGUCAUUAAUAAGUAUGGAGAUCUCUAUGGAGCUCUGCGAAUUGCCGAGCUUUUGGGCUUGGACAAAAAUGCUCUCGACUUUAGUCCCAUAGAAAAAGCACCAGAACAAGAGGCAACAUUGGUAUCAUGGUUGAGUUCUAUUGAUUUGAAAUACCAUAUCUGGAAACUUGGAGUUGUGUUCACUGACAAUUCCUUCUUAUACCUAACAUGGUACGCCACUAUGUCCAUCCUGGGUCACUACAAUAACUUCUUCUUUGCUGCCCACUUAUUGGAUAUUGCUAUGGGAUUCAAGACAUUGCGUACUAUCCUGUCCUCCGUCACUCACAAUGGCAAACAGCUUGUUUUGACGGUUGGUCUCCUGGCCGUUGUCGUGUAUCUUUACACAGUUGUUGCUUUCAACUUUUUCCGCAAGUUCUACAACAAGAGUGAGGAUGAAGAUGAACCCGACAUGAAAUGUGAUGAUAUGAUGACGUGCUACUUGUUCCAUAUGUAUGUGGGUGUCAGAGCUGGAGGUGGCAUUGGUGAUGAAAUUGAAGAUCCUGCUGGUGAUCCUUAUGAAAUGUACCGGAUUAUCUUUGACAUCACAUUCUUCUUCUUUGUCAUUGUCAUCUUGCUGGCUAUUAUUCAGGGUUUAAUCAUUGAUGCUUUUGGUGAGCUGAGAGACCAACAGGAACAAGUGAGAGAAGAUAUGGAGACCAAAUGCUUCAUUUGUGGAAUUGGGAAUGACUACUUUGACACUACGCCGCAUGGUUUUGAGAUACACACAUUACAAGAACACAAUCUUGCAAACUACCUGUUCUUCCUGAUGUACCUUGUAAACAAAGAUGAAACUGAACACACUGGUCAGGAGUCGUUUGUGUGGAAAAUGUACCAGGAGCGUUGUUGGGACUUCUUCCCUGCUGGAGACUGUUUCCGUAAACAGUAUGAGGAUCAACUUGGUUAAAUCAGAAAACUCUUUUCAAAUCUAAACCUUGAGUUUUGCAUAACUGUAUAAUGGACAAUAAAUAGAACUGACAAUUAUCUCAUUCUGAGAAA